AUGACAUCCAUCCCCCCAUCCCGAGCACUCUAUGGGCUGGAUACAUCCCGAGAGAAUUUAGCAGCCAUUCAAGGCAAAAGCGUACCCGAUGAUCCCACGAGCCAACCGUCUCGGUUGUGCGUGGUCCGUGGAAUCCGCACUCACGAUGGCUUCGCGCAGGAACUGUAUGGACAUCUUCCUGAAUUUACUCGCGCCUUGAAUGCGCGCGCGAUAAUGAGCAAUCGAAUCCCAAACAUGGAAUCGCCAGAAGAUUUUCCUUACUGUUUCUGGCAUCCAGAUAUCCCAACGGAGCAGACUCUCCGUGACCUGCUAGAGCGAUACCCUGGGAACGACCUACUGCGGUUUCAGGUCGGGCGCGCAUGCGCCGCAGGAGGUUACACCUCACUCUACCUGGAGCUAGAACUGUUGCCGGACGUGGCGAUUGCGGAAGAAGCACGCGACAAUCGGACGUCCGGUCGAGCAAUCUACGAGAGCAUCAUCGACAGCCCGAUCAGGUGGAACUGUAUGGAUGACUACAACCGCUGUCUACAUGCUCCCCUACGUGCUGGAGCCCAUUUGAACGGCGAUACGUGUGUGCGGUCUAUGCUUGAUAAAACCCUACCAGUGGGGGACAGCAUCUUUCUUGUUGUGCCAUGCCCUAUGUUUGAUAUAACGGAGGACUGGUGUCUUGACGUCGAAGGCACAUUACCCGGCGCGCGACCAGUUGAUCCAGAAACUGUCCGGCUAUUGUGCGAACCACUCCCCGCUGAUCUGCCCACUGUUGAUAAGGAUUUAUUGAUCCUGAUGGCAGCGUGGUCGGGCAACAUCGACCGCUACGCACGGUUGCGUCGGCCAACCAUGAUUCGUGGCGAGCUGCCAUGUAUUGUUCGAGGCAUCUACCACCACCCCUUCUUCGCCAAAUGGUGGUUGAAACAAGAAACUUCGUUGCAGUCUAUUCGACAGGCCAUACAUGCCCGAUUGAUUUUAAACAACGACUUGUCCUGGUUGAAUGACAAGACGCCAGAUACCGAUCUUCCGGUUCUAAUAUGGUUCCCAAAGGUUGCACACAAGGCUACCUACACCGAGUUGGCACGCCUCCGACCAUCGAUGACGCCGCAGAUUGCCCGCGCUUGUAUAAAGGCCAAUUAUCAGGAGCUGUAUGACAGUCUAGAUGUCACCCCGGAUAUAUUCAUUUGGCGGGCUGCUGAGGAAUCUAGUAACAGCCACUAUCUCGAGCAAGUUGAACAGAAAGCAAUGGAGCUAGGACUUGAUCAGGCUGAGCUCUCUGUGACGGAUGUGUCAGAUCCAGAGUUUGCAUACAUAUGGCCACAAAGACCCGACGUGACGGAUACAUGGCCUAUGGCUGUGCUAACCCAGGAGAUUCAUAGUACCGUGCCUCGGGAUCUCACCCUUGUGCGUGAGAUAACUAUCGACCAGAUUGGAUUCGAGCCUGAAGGCGAUACUAUGCCUUCUGUAGUGGAGCGAAUCCUGCUAAAUGUGUGCUUGGCGGAUCCGUCGAUACGUCCGUCGGCCCCCUUCGAAAUGUUACAUCUUGGCGAGGUGUAUUUGGAUGCACCAUAUGUGGAAUCGGAGGAAGACCGUAAAAUGGUGGGGUUGCGGCCAAAUCCAAGGAGACCUCGUGCUGGAUACCGAGGAAGGGGCCGAGGACGGAGAGGUUAG